AAAUUGCCGACGAAGCUGGCGAGUGGGACUACGAGUCCCCAUAGGCCCCUGCGCGACUCCGGCUGGGCAGGAUUCCGGACAACGCCUGGUUCCUCUCGGGUCCUUCCGGCGUCGCCGGAGUGAAUUGAUCCGGGAGUUGAAGAGGGCUCCAAAGGUGGGAAGUGAAGUCAGUGCCCCAGUUGCCGGAGCAUUGUGUCACUUUUGGACAUCAUCUCUUACAGGACUUAAGAUGUCUCCCAUAUACAUCUGUCGUAGAGGGUAGAAGGUCAUGAGAACAGGACUCUAUUAUCAUUGCAUUCCCAGUCAGUAUAUAUUUUGUGCCCUAUUUUAUCACAAAAAAGAGAAGAAAUACUGUAGUGAAUGAAGAUUCCUCUGCAUUUUAGCACUGCUUUUUCUACUGUAGUUGGCUUUUGAAUGAGGAUGACAAUGGAAGAGAUGAAGAAUGAAGCUGAGACCACUUCCAUGGUUUCUAUGCCCCUUUAUGCAGUCAUGUAUCCUGUGUUUAAUGAGCUAGAACGAGUAAACCUGUCAGCAGCUCAGACACUGAGAGCAGCUUUCAUUAAGGCUGAAAAAGAAAAUCCAGGACUCACACAAGACAUCAUUAUGAAAAUUUUAGAGAAAAAAAGUGUAGAAGUUAACUUCACAGAGUCCCUUCUUCGAAUGGCAGCUGAUGAUGUAGAAGAGUAUAUGAUUGAACGACCAGAGCCAGAAUUCCAGGACCUAAAUGAAAAGGCACGAGCACUUAAACAGAUUCUCAGUAAGAUCCCAGAUGAGAUCAAUGACAGAGUGAGGUUUCUGCAGACAAUCAAGGAUAUAGCUAGUGCAAUAAAAGAACUUCUUGACACGGUGAAUAAUGUCUUCAAGAAGUAUCAAUACCAGAACCGCAGGGCACUUGAACACCAAAAGAAAGAAUUUGUAAAGUACUCCAAAAGUUUCAGUGAUACUCUGAAAACCUAUUUUAAAGAUGGCAAGGCAAUAAAUGUGUUCAUAAGUGCCAACCGACUAAUUCAUCAAACCAACUUGAUACUUCAGACCUUCAAAACUGUGGCCUGAAAGUUGUAUAUGUUAAGAGAUGUACUUCUCAGUGGCAGUAUUGGACUGCCUUUAUCUGUAAAUUUUAAAGUUUGACUGUAUAAAUUAUCAGUCCCUCCUGAAGGGAUCUAAUCCAGGAUGUUGAAUGGGAUUAUUGCCAUCUUACACCAUAUUUUUGUAAAAUGUAGCUUAAUCAUAAUCUCACACUGAAGAUUUUGCAUCACUUUUGCUAUUAUCAUUCUUUUAAGAAUUAUAAGCCAAAAGAAUUUACGCCUUAAUGUGUCAUUAUAUAACAUUCCUUAAAAGAAUUGUAAAUAUUGGUGUUUGUUUGACAUUUUAACUUGAAAGCGAUAUGCUGCAAGAUAAUGUAUUUAACAAUAUUUGGUGGCAAAUAUUCAAUAAAUAGUUUACAUCUGUUAAACAUUUCUUUACUUGAAAAAAUACAUAUAUAUAUAUGAGUAUAUAUAUAUGAAUAUAUAUAUGAUCAGAAGACCAAGAUGACUUGGUGUAAUGUCUAAAGAACUUCUAACGGGAGCUUACUAGCAGUUUAUCAGAUAAUAAAGCAACAAGAAUUCUAUUUUUUGGUCCUUAAUCACUCUGGGCAAAGGUAAUGAAUGGAAAUAUUUUUGUUAGUUAAUAUAUAUGAGGUACUGAAUAUUUUUGCAGCCUGUUUUAAGAGACUUCUGAGAAAGAAAUGGCAGUUUAUAGUGUCUUCACACUAUAAUGUCAGUUCUUGAACUCUAUGACAGUAUAAAAUUAAGUUUUUCUGGUAUGCUGGGCCCCAAUAAGCUUUGUACCCUUUUUCCAACAGUAGCCACAACUAAUAGUAAUUUGAAGCUAUACCAGUGCUAGUUGGUUUGAAAUUGUCAUGGGUGUUAUAAAUGUUAUAUACACUCUUUAAGUAUAUAGAGCUUUGUUUCACCAGAGAGAAGUUUUAAGGAAAUUAUGUGUCAAGUGAUCAUGUUAAGUGAUUUCAUUUUUCAAUUAUGAUAAAAUAAAGGGAAAAUCAGGAUUUGUUUAUCUUCUAUAAAGAUUUUAAGUGUUAAAACUAAAUUUCUGUUUGGCAAUAUAAAUUUCUUUCCUAUAAUGCAAUUUAGGUUUUUUUUUUUUUUAAUUUUUUUCUUUAUUUUUAAAAAUAGAUUUUUAAAGAAUUACUAUCAUUGGCAGUAUAAAAGGAAAUCAUCCUAUUAGAUAUGAACAGAAAAUAUAUGAAAGGAAGCCAAAAAAACCCCAAUAGACAAUAGGAUGAAAUCUCAUCCAAUCUCAUUUAUGGACAUUUUAUUGAAUUGAUUUUUUUCCCAAAAAUACAUAGCUGGUAAAACAAAUGGAAUUGGUGACUUUAAUACAAUUUACUUUUAUAUAAAUUAUUCAUUCUUGGUAUUAGAUGGUUGUUUGCAGAAUAGACUUGUGACUAUAUGAAGAAAAAGUACUGUUUUAUCUUUUUUGAGCAGCAAACUUUUCUAAUACAGACUAACACUAUCUUCCCUCCAAUUGCCUUGACCUCUUUAACAGAACUCAUCAGUUAACCAGCCAUUCCCCAAGUCAUCUGAUUUUAUAAGUCAUCUGUCUUUCCAUUUCACUGUCCAAUAUCUCUGGCUUCCAUUUUCAUGAAGUUGACCAAAAAGUUUACUCAGAAGGGAGGUCCUCAGGAAAAUGCUGUUUCCUAACAUAAGCCUAAUGGGGCCACGUUUGGAUCAAUGAGGAAAAGGCGAAUAUGGCCCCAGUCAUCUCCAGAGAACAGAAAGAAAAGGAAGAGGAGGAGACAUUUUUUUGAGCACCCUUCUCUGUGUCAAGUGCUAUUCUAGAUACAUUUAUUCAAUUUAAUUCUCUUAAGAGUCCCAUGAUUAAACUAUCUGCCUUGCAAGUGAGGAAACUGGCUAAGGGAACUUAGUUUACAAAGCUGGUAACUUCCUGCAUGAGGAUUUGAAUUACAUGCUUGCCUUCAUGCUCUUUCCAUUGAUCUGUACUUCAUCCAUUGCUGAAAACAUAUGUUGUUUAGAAUUCUAAUUCCUUAACUCCACACUGACAAAGUUCCCCUUGUCCACAGGGAAAUGAGAAAAAUAUGACAGUGUGAUGUCUUUUUCUUAAAUACAAAUUUAUGCAUUUUAAAGGACCAUUCUUUUUUUGGGUAUGACUACUAUGUUUUGGAUAUUUAAAAUGCCCCUCUUCACACUUUUUAAAACCAAAUGAUAUAAUAGUCAAUGGUAGUUUUUUGUUUUUUUUUUUUAAAUGAUUGUAGUUUAAUAACCUUGUUAGCAAAACAUGAGGUUCACAAUCUGGUAUCAGUUCCUAAUUGUUUUUUGGGUUUUUUUUUUUUUAACUUUCUAUAUGGAAAUGAUUUAAAAUUUACUGAAAAUUGGCAAGAAUAAUACAAAGAACAUCAAUAUAUCUUUUACCCAGAUUCCCCUAUUGCUUAAACCUUACCAUUUUUGUUUUUAUCUUUUGAUUGUUCAUUUGCCCUUAAGUCUCCUCCACUGGGGAUCAUUUCCAUGUCCCCUUUGUUUUUUAUGGCAUUGAUACAACAUGUUUUUGGAGAAUGUAGUCUUUUGCUCCCCCUUCCCCCCGCCAGUAGAAUUUGGCGGUUUCUGCAAGAGAUUCAGGUUAUUCAUUCUCAGAAUACUCCCAACAUUGUCAUCAGAGCAUCACAUCUGGAGGCACAGGAGUGUCUGUCUGCUCCUCAUUGGUGAUAGAAAUUUUGGUCACCUGGUCAAGGUGUUUCUCAGUUUCUCUAAUAUAUAGUUACUGUUUUUAUACCUUGUGUUUAAUAAACAAUCUGAAGAAGACUCUUUAGCCCAUGCUAUAACGUCAAAAUUUUCCACCAGGAUUUAGCAGCCUUUGGUGAUUUUUGCUUAUCAUUCUUCGCUAAUUGGGAAAAUACUGAUUUUUCUGAGUCCAGUGUUCUGUCCUCAUCUACCAUUUGGCACUCAGCAUUCUGCUGUCAGCGGGAACCCUUUCUGCCCCAGCUAUCCAUUCAUUCAUCUAUACAGGUGUGCGUACAGUUUUAUAUUUACUAUUGUUUUGGACUCUUGGUUGUUUUUUCAGUGGCUUAGAAUUCAUUACUUUGGCGCUUAAAUUGUCUUAAAUUUGCUCAGUAGGAGCUCCUUCAGUCUGGCUCCUGUGUCCUUGUGGCAUCCGUUUUAGUUUUAUUUAUUUAUUUAUUUAUUUAGCACAUUCUCUUAAAUAAAAGAUGUUCUAGGAUCAGGAUUUCGGCGAUUUCUCUAAGAAACCCUGGGGAAUAUUAUUAGACACAUAGAUCUGGUUGCUGGGUAUCAUCUGCUUCUAGGCCUAUUCAGACAGAAUUAGGAAAUGCAUGUACAUCGUAAACAUAAGUAUGCACAUGCCGUGUACAGUUUACACGUGCUUAUAUACACACUGUGUUUGAUUUCAGAAAUCAUGAGUUCACACUAAUACCUCCAAUUUCAGUCCAUCCUUAGGGGUCUUUUCUUGACUUCCCGGUUCCAUAUUUCUAUGUUUCUGCUUUUUCAGAAUUCUGGCACAAGUGAAUUUAUUCACUUGGUCAGUCCCAUAGUACAUCUAAAACAGUUCUUAGAAUUGCUUUUGCCCAUGUCACUGAACACUUAAAAGCUUGUUUGCAGUUCUCUCCCUACCUUUACUCUGCCAAAUAAGAAUAUAUAAUUACAUGCUGUGUUCAUAAAUUACUUGGAUUAACUCUUUUUUCUCUCACUGUGAUUAUGUUAUUUAUUUGAAAUAAAUUGGAUUCAUUGGUUUUAGUUUUUUUCUAAGUUUAAGGUCCCUCCUACAUACACACUUUGCAUCCUUGUUGAUUACAUUUUUAAAAUACAUGGAAUACUAACAUAUUUCAAAAAGUCGUAACUAUACCAAAGUUUUACUGAGAAGUGUUACUCUCUUAUAUCCCUUCUGCCCCAUUCCCCAGCCCCUUCAUACAUAUCCAGCUUCACUGUUUGCCCACCAUGUUUCCUUUUAUGAAGAAAAGUAAUAAAGGUUGUUUUUUUUUUCUUCUCAUUCCCUUUCUUACAGUAAAGGUAGCAUACAUAUAGAGAGAUCAGCCCUUUUGUCCAGGACUGAAGUUUCUCAGUAUAUUGGACUUUCAGUGCUAAAACUGGGAGGGCCAGCCAUUCCAUUUGCUUUCUAAAAACAACUCCUUGAUGCAUAUUGUACAUAUUGUAAAAUACACAUAUAUAUCCUUAUAUCCUUAACAUAAUUACUGAAGUAUAAUUGACAAAGUUCACGUAUUUUAAAGAAUUGUUCGACCUAACCAAUACCCAGUUUUAGAACAUUUUCAUCAUUCCAGUAAACUUGCUCACGCCUGGUUACGAUUAAUUUGUGUUCCCACUACACCCUGCCUCCUCCCCUGUGCCAGGCAACCAUUAGUUACUUCUGUCUCUAUAGACUUUACUUUUCUGGACAUUUCAUAUAAAUAGAUUCUUUCAAUAUUAUCUUUGAGUCUGGCUUCUUUACUUAGUAUAAUGGUUUUAUGUUCAUCCUUGUCAUUGCAUGUGUCAGCAUUUCUAUCACUAUUCCUUUUUUUUUUUUAAUCACUAUUCUUAUUGCUAAAUAGUAUUCCAUUAUAUGAACUCCUGUUUUUUUACUCAUUUAAUGUUAAUGGACAUUUGAAUUGCUUCCUCUUCAGCCCUGAUGCAUAAUGCUGCUAGGAUCAUUGAUGUGCAAAUCUUUCUGUGGUCAUGGGUUUUCAUUUCUUUUGGGUAAAUACGUAAGAGUGGAAUUGCUGGGUUGUGUGAUUAAUUUUUUUAAGAAACUAUCAUACUGUUUUCCAAGUGACUGUACCACUUUACAUUCCCACUAGCAAUAUAUGAGGGUUCCCAUUUCUCUAUAUCCUCUCUUACAUUUGUUAAUGACUUUUUUUUUUAAUAUAAACAUUCUUAGAGAUACAAAGUGGUAUUUUGUGGUUUAAAUUUCCAUUUCCCUAAUGACAAAGUUGAGCAUCUUCUCGUGCUUAUUAGGUAUUUCACGUAACGCUCUGAUGGACUUUGCUUUUUUCACUUGGCAUCUCCAGAAGUCACUGUAUUUAAGUAUUUAAGUUCAUAGAGAUCCCCCCAGAACCCCCUCUCCCCCUAAUCCCUUGUGGCCUAGCAUUCCACUGUGUGGAUGUACAUAGUUUAUCCAGUCAAUCUGCUAUGCUUGGGCAUUAAGUAGUUCAGUGUUUUGCAAAGCUACAGGUAAUGUUACAGCGAAUGUACAGCGAAUGAUCUUAAAUAUUUGUUUUGUUUGUAGUAUACCUUCGGAGUAAAUUCCCAGAAAUGGGAUUACUAAGUCAGAAGACAUGCAUAUGUACUAUUACUGCAUAUUGCCAAAUUCUUUUCCAUAAAGGUUGUGGAAAUUACAUUCUACCAGGAAUGUGAGACUUUGUUUCCCCAAAACUUCAAUAUAUUGUCAAGCUUUUGAGUUUUUGCCAAUCUGAUGGGUGAGAAAUGGUAUCUCAUUGUAGCUUUAAUUUGCAUUCCUCUCACAAUGAGUGAAUAUUUAAGGACCAUUUUUAUAUCUUUUUUCAUGAUUUUGAAUUUGCUCAUGCUUUUUUUCUAAUCUUGCAAACAUUUUUUUUUUUUAAUGUAGACAAAUUUAACAAUUCCUCCAUGAAACCAUCUGGGCUUGGUGCUUUUUAGUGGAGUGAUUCUUUGGUAAUUUUAUUUCUUGUAUGCAGAUUGUUUUUGUAAGCUUUCUAUCUUUACAGGAAAUCAGUUUGUUAAACCAUAUUUUUCUAAGAAAAUGUUCUUUAGGCUUUCAGAUGUGUUUCAUUUGAAUUGGCAUCUUUUAUGUUUAAAAUUUUUUCCCUCUGUAUCAAUGGUUAUUUGUUGUUAUUUCUUAUUCUGUAUAUAUGCACUUUCUCCCCUUUAUUUUUUUUAUUAAACUAGCAAAUAUUUUGUCUAUGUUGUUUCAUUUUUCCAGGAUUCUAUGGAUUACUUUGACCAACUGUUUUUCUGUUCUCUACCUCUUUAAUGUUGAUUUUUAAAAUUUUUAAAUUUCUGUUCAUAUUUAUUAAUUUUUUCCUUGGGUUUUGUUUUACCUUGUUCUUUCCCUGGUUCUUUCAGUUGGGAAUAUAACUAAUUUUCAUUUUUUAAUUGAUACAGGUAUUUAGUGCAUUAAAUUUUCUCUGAUCACUGCUUAGAAUGUAAUCCUACAGGUGUACUUAUUAUGAUUAUUUGUGAGAAAUUCUGUAAUUUUUGUUUCGAGUCCCUGUUUUGCCCAAGUUGUUUAUUGCAAUAUCUUUAAUUUUUAAGUGGAAGAGCCUCUUUGGUUGCAUUUUUAAUUUCUAUUUCUAUUGCAGUGUGAUUGGCAAGUAUUAUUUGUAAUAUUACAGUACCUGCUGAUAUUUUCUUUGUGACCUAAUAUAUGAUCAAAUUUUUGCAUACCCAUAUGAAUGUUCCAUGUAUACUUGAGAAGAUUGCAUGUUCUCUAUUAUUAA